AAGCGCAAGUCUGCAUGUUCAACCAUUUUGACAAAGUCUGGUGAUACCUGUGCCACUCUAGCCGCUAGAUGUGGUAUUACAACUGCACAACUUUCUGAAUACAACACAGAUGCUUCCCUCUGCUCAUCGAUUACUACGGGAAUACCCGUUUGCUGCUCAUUUGGGACCUUAAAUCUUCCUCCUGUGGAGGAAAGCGAUGGUCUCUGCUAUACCUACACCGUUCAGGCCAACGACACCUGUAAGCUUAUUGCGGAUGGAUAUCAGAUCACGGUAGAUCAGCUCAAGACGUAUAACGAUGACACAUACGGCUGGGGUGAAUGUGGGGAAUUGGAUGAGGGCGCUUUUAUCUGUUUGAGUUCUGGUUCCCCGCCUAUGCCGGCCUCUCUCCCGAACGCUAUUUGUGGGCCACAGGUCCCUGGUACUGCGCGUCCCAGUAAUAUGUCGGAUCUUGACGAUCUGAACCCGUGUCUUGCGACCAAUUGCAAGUGUAAUUUGGAUGUGGGCCUUUGUUACAACACUGUGGCUUCUAGUUCUGGAUGUCCAAUGAGUACAGCGCAGAUUGCCACCACUACUACUAUGGCGAAAACAACAUAUACUUUUACCGAGCCAACAUCCACUUCAACGAAGACAGCAAGCACUUCAAUAAAGUCAACAAGCAGUUCAAAGAAGGCAACAAGCACAGCCACUGAGCCCACAAGCACUUCAACGAAAACUCCCACCACAAUGAGCACAUCAACUUCAACAAAAACAACCCAUAAACAAACAACUACAGCCUCAACCACAUCUAUCGUGCAAAUCACACAUGUCGACUGGACUCCAUCUACCACAACCAUCUCCACCAGCUCAACAGCUACCUACAACCCCUGGGAAAUAGCAAUGUACGCCAAAGCCGACUGUGAGGGCGACUACUACUACCUAUCAGGAAACAACCAAGAUUACUCCUCAACAUGUCUCAACGUCCACACCGGCACGGGCAUCUCCUCCUCAUUCACAAAGACAGGCACAUGGUGCCGCUGGUACACCGACGGCGGAGUCACCUCAUCAGAUUGCGAUACAAGCACACUGGAAACGCCCGCAUCGUGGUAUCUUACCUCUGCCAUCUGUACGGUAUUUCCAGAUUCCGAAUGCACGGGAAAGAAUGGGUCAGCAAGAGCUUGUACCAGUUGGAAGGCCACCGAUUCUGACGGUGGGUGUGUCAAUUAUGCGGAAAAUAAGUUUGAUGUUUCGACCUGGGGAUCGAUGCAGUGCAAUUGGUAUCCAAACGAAGCUUGA